UGGCCUGGGCCCACCUCCCUUACCACCUGCCCCCUGCACUGACAAUCAUGUUCAGUCAUCCAGGAGAUGAUGGAGAGGCUGGUCAGGCCUCCUGGAAAGGGAGGAAGAGGGCCCUAGCUGGAGAGAUUCAUCAGCAGAAGCCAGGGAGGAGACACAGACCCUUGCUCCCUGACACUCCUCAGGGCCAGCAUGGGGCAGGAGUUUAGCUGGGAGGAGGCAGAGGCAGCUGGCGAGAUAGAUGUGGCAGAGCUCCAGGAGUGGUACAAGAAGUUUGUGAUGGAGUGCCCCAGCGGCACACUCUUUAUGCAUGAGUUUAAACGCUUCUUCAAGGUCACAGACGAUGAGGAGGCCUCCCAGUACGUAGAGGGCAUGUUCCGAGCCUUCGACAAGAAUGGGGACAACACCAUUGACUUCCUGGAGUACGUGGCAGCCCUGAAUCUCGUGCUGAGAGGCACCCUGGAGCACAAGCUGAAGUGGACCUUCAAGAUUUAUGAUAAGGAUGGCAAUGGCUGCAUCGACCGCCUGGAGCUACUCAACAUUGUGGAGGGAAUUUACCAGCUGAAGAAAGCCUGCCGGCGAGAGCUACAAACUGAGCAAGGCCAGCUGCUCACGCCCGAGGAGGUCGUAGACAGGAUCUUCCUCCUGGUGGAUGAGAAUGGAGAUGGCCAGCUGUCUCUGAACGAGUUUGUUGAAGGUGCCCGUCGGGACAAAUGGGUGAUGAAGAUGCUGCAGAUGGACAUGAAUCCCAGCAGCUGGCUCGCUCAGCAGAGACGGAAAAGUGCCAUGUUCUGAGGGGUCUGGGGCCCCUGCAUGACUCCAGGCUCACCCAGGUUUCCAGGGUAGUGGAAGGGUCCCUGGCUCAGCCUGCUCAUGCCCACUCUUCCCCUGGUGUGGACUUCCUGGCACCCCCUGUGCAGGGCUGAGUGGGGAUGGGGAAGGGCUGCUGGGUCUGAAGUGGCCAACAGGGCAUAGUCCAUUUUGGAGGAUUCCCUGGGAUGGUGAAGGGAACUGGGUUACUUUUCCCAUUCAGCUGUUCCCGGGAGAAGUAUGCCUUGGCUUGGUGGUUGUGGGGUUCCCACGGUUUCUAGGUGUUCUCAGUUGGAAGCAGGAGCCAACUGAGGGGUGAGGGUCCCACAGACCAAAUCAGAAAUGAGAACACAAAGACUGGUAGGAGGCAGGCGUGGUAGGGUAUUGAGACUGAAGAAAAGGCAGGAGUGUUGGGAAGCAGGGGGCGGCAAUAAUUUUCCAACUUCCAGGAUGCUGAGGGGCGUUAAUGGGGAGGAAUCUGGCCUUCUCCCGAAGGCAUCCUCACCAGUGGUGUCAACAGGAAAAAUGGAAGCAAAUACGCUGCAGGCUGUAGUCUUUCUGCCUUUGGAAGGGUCAGCUGUGCUUAAAGGGGCUGUUUCAGCUCUGCCUGGGCGCUGCUCCGGGACCCCCUGCUGCCAACCCACCAUUCCCCCAACAAUCCUCCCUUUCCAUCCACGUCCCCCACUAUGGACCUUCCACAACUCCCAGCCAUAAGCCGAAUGUUUCUCUUUAAAGGAUGGAGAAAACUUCUGUCUGUCUCUGGCAAGAAUUGGGGGCCUGCCGACUGGGGUUCAUGGGCCGGACUUUGCUUCUAAUAGCUGUGUGACCCAAGACAGCCACUUCUCCUCCCUAACCUCGGUUAUGUCUCAGCGGCACAGUGAGCAGGUCGGACUAGGCGAGCAGUUUGGAUUAUUAUAUUUUUAGAUGUGGAAUUAUUUUUUGUUAUAUAAACUCUUAUGUGUAACUCCAGUAUAGAAACUAGAUUAAAAGGGAGUCUCUCUGGUUGAAAGGGGGUCUGAGUACCCUCUGGAACUGGAGGCACCUCUGAAAAAAGCAAACUGAAAACCAGCGCCCUGGGUCACUGUUACUCCUAUAAGACAGUUUAAAGUGAGACCUGGAAAAACAUUUGCUUUAUCUUGAAUAGAUAGGUUGUUAUGUUGGUGUAUAAAAAAUAAAACCAACUAUUAAACCUG